CGCCAAGAGCGUAUUGGUCCUCAGUUUCAGUCGGCCACACGGCGCUAACCAACGUUCGUCGGUCGGUCGCCCGCGGACUGUUGUCCGAUCCGUUCGACGCGCGGCCCCGUACAUUAUAUUACCCGCGAGACGCGCGGACCGCUUGCGUCCGUCCCGUCGUCCGUUCCGCGUAUAAAUCCGUGGCGUGCGUAUAUGCCGUCGCACGGCUCUAUACCUAUAGGCGCGACCACGACCGAGAAUUCGCGCGGGUACGCCGCGGCCAUCACCGCCCGAGAAGUUCCGGCGGUUCGUUGAGGACGGGGGUAAAAAAAAAAAAAAAACCGGUAACCCGACCUAGUCUGUAGUCGGUCCGUAAACUUCCACCGGCGCGGACGACUACGGCGACGACGACGACGACGACGACGACGACGACGACGACGCUGACAGUCGGUCUGAUACACGUGCCGGUAAACAUUGACGAAUGGUUCGAUAUAAUAUUAUACCGUAGACCCGAUUUUCAAUCGCAUUCGUCCGUCGAUAACACGGGUCACGAUAGUUCGACUGAUACAAGCAAAAACGGAUUUAUCAAAUUUUAAAAUAUAUCUGACGCAAUACCUUUAUACUGUAAAAUAGUGUUAGAUAAAUGGCCCAAACCAAUACAUUAUAGUACUGCAGUUAGUGCAGUUUUAAUUUAAAAUCGUAACGUUUGAUCCGACCGUUGUUUUAAAAAGGUAAUCAGAUUAUAAAUACAUUAUAAAUCAAUGAAAGAGCAAACCAGCGUGUCCAAAGCGCCGUGUAAAUUAUUUAGAUAAAGGCAGGCGGACUCAACAAACAAUAAUGCAUGAUCAAUGUCAAAAGUCCAAAAUAUUUAAAACUAUGUAUGUGUCGUAGGAUAUGUGGAAAAUUAGUAUUUUUGCCAAAAGACUAGGCUCUUUGUGAUGGAAAAACUUGUUUGCGAAUUACUUAUUAUUUCUCUAAACGACCGGUUGUUUUUCGGACUUAUUGCAGACAGACUAACAGCAGUUGAACUUUUUAAGAACUAAAAUUAUUAUAUAUCUAGUAAUUGUAUUAUAAUUUUUUUACUUGUACAAAAAACAAAAACAAAAAAGAAAACCAAACGAAUUAUAAUAUGCAAACUGUUUAAGUAAUUAUUAUAUUUACUUUGAGAAGUUUAUAUUAAAUUAAUUUAUAUUCAACUACUUUAAACCCAGCUAUUUGAAGGAUUUAGAUACGGAUUGACGACAUAUAAUGCGUUAAAACUAAUUCGUAGAUUAGAUUGUAACUUUUCACUAUAUAUUUAGUGACAUUAUAGUUAUAUGAUUUAAAAAUAAAUAAAUAAAAUGCAGUAUUACAAUAUUAAAAAACUGUACAAUAAUAUAUAACUUCACUAAAUAAUAGGUCUAAUAUGUAAAAUGUAAAUGUAUACAGUUUACAUAUUAUAAUUUUUUUGUUCUAUUUUUUGUACAAGUAAUAAAUUACAAUGAGAUUACUAUAUAGUAGGUGACUGUAUUAUUUAAAAUGCCUGAUUGUUAUUUGUUAGUCUUCAAUACGCCUGAAAGAAAGACUGUUUGGAAAAAUAAGUUGUUCGCAAACAGGCUAUCCCAUCGAAAAGAGCCUAGUCUUUUUGCAAAAAGACUAAUUUUCCAUAUAGCUUAUGUUAUAUAUACUACUAUUCUUUGAAAAAUCGUAACGUUUUAUGUAUAACCGUUUAGCAAAUGUGUAAUAUGAAAAAGAUAAACGGAUUAGAAAUAUAAAGAAAGAGCUUUUUAUAAAACAGCUUGGGCACUGUUGUGCGCAGUGGGAGGAGGUUAAGGGUUAUAUCGCCGUAGUGCCGAAACUAAGAAUUUCUACACACACAAAAGGAUACUAGACGGUGUUACCUCCACCAGCCUCACCCACGUCAGAUUCUAUAUUGGUUAUAAAAUACAAAACGCACUAUUUCGUUUUUAGAUUUCUAAAAAAUAUUGAAAUAAUAAAUUAAAGAAGUAGGUAUUUAUUAGUAAAUACAUACAUAAUAAAAAUACGCGAAUAUACUCUUGAAUAUUUCAAGCCCGACGAUAAAUUACCUUCCCUAGUUCUUGUUUUGAUAUCGCCCCCCCCCACCCCUAAUGGCUUUUAGAAUACAAUAGCUAUUCGUAUUUAUUUAGUAAUUUAAUCUGAAAAUUAUGUAUUGGAACCAAGUAACAAGGGAGCUUGAUUUAUUAAAUAAUAAUUGGCUUUGUUAGAUUUGGUUUUUAAAUUCCCAUUCACAGGUUAAGCAUGCAAGAAGAAUAUGCAAUUUAUUCAUUAUUUUAUUAUAAACGAGUACUACCUACAUCCCCUUAUAUCGAAAUUCCUCCAUACGAUACUAAGUAUGGAUAUAUUUUAGCGUAUUACACCUAUAUACCAGCAUUAUAUUUUAGAUUCUGAGCUGAGCGAGGAAUGUAUUGGUUUACAAUGAUAUUUAUUUUUUUAUUUUUUAUAGUGUACAAAAAAUUUUUUACCAGAAAUCUUAUGCAAAUAUAACAAGUGUAACAUCUUUUCUGAAAGGGAAUUUUAUAUAGUUGAUAUUUUUUUUUUUGUCAAUUUUGUGAUUUUCUAAGCAGCUUUCAUAUUAAUUGUAAACAAAAGGUAGAAAAAACUGGAAGAUUUACGAAAAUAAUGCUUUUAUUGUUUUACUUCGUACUACUUUUAUAGAGACAUGAAAUCAUAAUUAAAAAUUUAUACUUGUUUUUUCUAAACGUAAUCCAAUUUUUUAAAUUUUGUGAGUUUUUUUACGAGAUUUUUAUUCGAUAGAUACUCUGUGGAUAAAAUUGUUAGACUAAACAUGUUUGAAAAUUGAACUGGAGCUUCAUUACUCGUUCUACUUAGUAGUCAACCAAAAAAAACGUUGAUUCGAUUUUUUAUAAAAAUUUGAAUUAUCAAAUUUUGAUGAAAAUCGUUAAUAUAACGGCCUUUUCAAAUAUUUAUAAUCGAACUUCGUUCAGAAUCAUUUUUCAUUAGCAAAGAUUAAUCAUUGCAUAUAGAUAUACAACAAUUUUCCUCUACAUCAUACCUUAUCAACUUCUUACACGGAAAAAAAAUAUUUUUUUUAUGGUUAAUAAUUAGUCAUUAUUCAUUUGUGUUAGCUAAUCCAGAUAUGUAGAUAAUUAUUGUCAUUACCAAAGAGAUAAGUUACAUACAUCAAAUCACUUAAUCGUUAAUAUUUUAUCUGAGUUAACUUAAUAUAAAGCUGCUUAUAAGUAUAAUUAUUUUAGAUUCCGAGCGUAGCUUGGGAGCUUUAGAUUUUACAAGAUGUUUGUUUUUUCUUUCUUUAUUUUUUUUUUAGUCUGUGGACUUAUUUUUCCUAGUAAACUUGUUCUUUUCUGAAACUUUUCCGAAUUUCAAUUUUACCUAUUAGUUGUAACUGAUUUUACUAGAUAUUUGAAAUGGACGAUAGGACUAUUGAAACAGUCGGAGAUGCCGGAACAUGUUAUGAAUACAUUUAAAGGUGAGUAUAGAUUAUAUGCUCAGAUUAAGUUAGUUAACUUAAUGAACGAUUAUACGAAACCAACUUAAACAUAUUUUAUAUUGAAGUGUUCAGAAAAUACAAAUAAAUUAUGUAACACAAUUCCCAUGUAGGUAGGUAAUAUAUAGAUGUAAUUUGUAAUCCAUUUAAAAAGUUCAAAACUGAGUAUAGUUUUACAGUAAUGGAUGAUAUAGACAUAUUCAUCAGGCCUAAAACUAUUCACACUGGAAAUCGAAUGAAUGAUUAUAUUCAAAAUGGAUAUGUAAUUGUUGAACAUAUUCCAAUCAAUUUAUAUAGUUUACCUAUUUUAUUAUAACGAUUUUUUGAAUUACCUAAUGUUUAUAAUACUAUGAUAAUAUACACAAAAUAAUUUCUUAAAGACACUCAUAUUAUAUCAAUUUAUAUUCAAAGUGAAUCACGAAGAGAACAAAUUUAUUAGAUUCAGUAGAUGAAAAAUAAGUUGGAAAUACUGAACUAUUUAAAAAUUUAAUUUCUGAGAAAAAACAUUCUGAAAGUGGCAUAGAAAUAUUUAUUAAUAAAGAGUCAAUUAAGUUGUAUUUCUGUUUAGUUUUAAUUCUUGGGAAAAAUUUAGGCUUACAUGAUAUCAUGGGAUUUUCUCAAAGUUUUGUUUUAAAUUACCGCUGUAGGUUUACCGAUGUUCAAAAACAAUAUGUUAUUUUUGUAAUGAAUAUUUUAAUUUAGAAACUUUGAAUCAAUUAAUAACAUUUUUCAUCUAUGAUCUCACUAAUAUCAGAAAUAGACCUCCCAUAAUGUCAGAAAAUACAUUGAAUAGUGAUUCGAAAAACUUAAAAAUGUCUGUCAGUGAGAUGUGGUGUUUUGUUCGUUACUUUGGAUAAUUAAUUGGUGAUUUAAUAGAUGCAGAGCCAGAAUAUUGGAAUUUGUAUAUUUUACUUAAAAAAAUAUUAUAUAUAGUUACAUGUAAUUGCACUGGAUUUGAAUGCCCUACUUUGCUAAAAAUAAUAAUAUCAGAACACAAUUAUUUAUUCUUAAAACUAACCAAAAUAUCAUCACUUCAUCCACUAUCCUAUAGUUAUGUAAAAAGUUGGUCCAUUAAUUAAUAUUUGGUUCAUAUGGUUUGAAGCAAAGCACAAAGAAUAAAAAAAAGCAGAAGUUGAAAUUUCAAGCAAAAAAUAUAUUUAUUUUACCUUGGUUUUAAAAAAGUCAACUUAAUAUUUUAUAUCAAUUUUAUCAUAAAACUAAUUUUGAUUUUUCAAUUUUGUCUAGUGUUGGAAAAGUUUUAAAUAUCUUAUCAGAUAUACAAGAAAUUUUUUCUAAUCUUUCAUUAAAUAACUCUGAUAUUUGUAAAUCAUGUAAUAUUUUUAAAUUAAAAAUGUACCUAUAUGUUUUACUGUAUAAAUUAUAUUAAUUGUUAAAAAAAAAAAAAAAAAAUAUUAUCAUAUUAUAUACGACAAUUUGACUUUGUGAUAUAUCUUAUUAUUCUAAAACAUUAUCGAUAUUGAAUAUUUAUAACGAUACCAUUGGCCAUAAAGGUUAAUAAAGGAUAUUGAAAUGAAAACGCAACUUAUAUACCGGCAAAACGACAUCAAUUUCCAACAAGUGUAGUUGCUAGGUAGGUUAAGCGUUAGAUUAGGAUAGCUUGGGUCCCUAAUUCGAUACUCAUUGUUGCCGCUGCUUGUUCGUCCCGUUUUUUUGUGUUUUUUUUUUUUAAAUUUUUUCUACCAAAGAUAACUAGUCAAAAUAACUAUAUAAUAUCACAAAACUAACUAAGAAAGAAUCUCGUCCAACUAAUUACAAAAAUUUAAUUCAGUUGAAAAUAUUUGUAUUUACUUGAAUUUUUGAUAAAAACUUAUAUUUGCUUUUUCUAGACAUGGUAAAAUUUUCAAAAUAUCUGAGCAACUUAUAGGCAUUUUAAUUUUGCGAGUUUUUUUUACGUAAUUUGUACUUAGUAGGUACUCUGUAGAUAGAAUUGUUGGACUAAAUAGAAAACCUUGACAAUUUUACAGGAGGUACAUUUUAAGUCGUACUUAAUGAGAAAAAAAAAUGAUUGUUAUAUGUAAUAUAUUAUAUUUUUUUUUAUAAGAGUUUCAAAAUCAAAUCUUGAUGAAAUCGUCAACAAUGGUUUAUUGUUGGCUAUAGGUAUAAAUUAAAUAACUUUAUGCAUCCCACCUUCUAAACUACCCACUUACAACCGAAUCUGCACACGUCCUCAUUAUCAGCUCUUUUUUUUCUUUUUGCUCAGAAAACGCAAACUCCCGUAAACUUUACUGGAAAUUAUAAACAAAUCCGUGGUACCAUAUAUAAAAUCUAUGCACAGUCGAUAAAAUUACGAAAUCGAAUACUAUUUUCUUGAUAAUAUUAUUAUUACCUUGUAACUGUUACAAUAUUACCAAUCUCAAUUAUUAUGUAAAUUCGAACUUGCCGAAUCUUAAAUUUAUUUUGCUUAGAUUUGUAUUAUGCUAUUAUAGGCAAAGUAGAAUACUUGUCAUAAAUAAAAAACGAGUCAAAAAUAUGAUUUUUAUAUUUAUUGGCAUUUUAUCAUGCACUUAACCGGGACUUUAAAAAUCCUCAUCUACUCCAUGCAAUCGACUGCUUACAGUUCGCAAUAUUUAUUACAAUGUCAUUUUUUUUUCUGUUCAUUAAUUAUCCGUAAAAAUAAUCUAUUUUCACGGAGAUUGUACUAUAAUGCAUAAUAAAACCUCCUAAUAUAUUAAUAUAGUUUUUUAUUUAUAUCUGAUCAAUCAACAACACCAAUUACAUUUAUCUAUAGUAGAUAUUGUGAUUUCAAUAGAUUUGCCUAAAACGUGUUUACGUAUCAUAUUUUUUACAGAAGUACUACACCACACACACACUCACAGUCGUAUCCAACAAAUAUCGCGGGGCCUAAACGAAGCAUAACUACGAGCGGUUUUCAUUACAGCGUGGUGUAAAAUUGUGUAAGUAAAUGGCAAAAGAACUGGAGAAGAAUAAAAAAAUGAAAAAUCGCGGUUUUUCAAAAACGCACUGUUCGUCGUAACAGUCACCAGACCGCAUUCGAGACCUGGGACGAGGAUCGAAUACAAUACAUAUGAUAUAAACAACGAAAACGGCUCUAAAUACACGUUCGUGUCACAUUCGAAAGUCAGUCUACACGCUCCGUGUCCGUAGUGUGUGUUAUUUUUUUUGGCCUUUUCGUGAUUCAAGUGCUCCUCCUUCGAUGGGGUGGACGUUGCAACAGCCCAGGUCCCGUCAUUUGUUAUUGCUCUUCAUGACGUUCGCAUUGUGCGUCACGGUCGUGUUCAUCUCAAAGUCGGGUGAGUUUGUAUACAAUAAUAAUAAUAAUAAUAAUAAUAAUAAUUUAUUCAAUGAAUAUAAUGAAUAUAUAAUGAAUAAAAUGGACAAAGGCCAAAUGGUACAGAUAAAAUUAGAUAUUAUAUAAUUUGAUAAUUCUGGUCAAUAAUUAUAUUUAAAUGUAAUACAUUUUAAAAAAGGUUUUGAACCCAUUAUGUAAAAUCGAUAUUGAAUUUAGUACAUAGUCAUCAUUGAGUGCUCUGUAUCAUGGGAUAUAUAAACCUAAAGUAUAAUACAAGUAUAAUAGCUUAAAUGAUCCUAUAUUUGAAUUCGAACGAAUGACGCUUGACGAGUGUCGAGAGACAAAGCUUUACACUCGUAAAGAUUUUUUAAUAGUAUAUUAUAGCACGUAACUGAAAAUUUAAAACAAAUAUUACCCAGGGCUUUAAUAUAUGGUAGUGAAUUAAUUUUAAUACUAUUUAUGUGAUGCAUAAAUUGUAUUAGAGGUGCCUAGAACACAAGUGGCAUAAGUGACAUUUUUAAAAAAAUCUGAGUUAAGUGCAUAGCUGAAUUACAAAUUUUCCAUUUUAUUUGUGGUAAAGAAAUAUAAGUUGAAUAUAAGUGAAUUGUUCGCCACGCGCUGCAAUCUAGUAUUUGAUAAUAAAUCGCAUUAAAAUAGUCUUUAAAUGAUAAUGCCAUAAUAGAUUAGAAGUAAAUAGAUACAAGCGUCCAGAAUAGCUGUUAAUACAUCUACGUCUCUUUAUUGCCAAAUGUUUAAAAAAUUUUAUCAUCGAAAUACAAGAACAAUGAUAAUAAACUAUAAUAAUUACAUUAAAUACAAAUAAUUUUAAAAUUGAAUUUCUCGAAAUCAAUAAAAUGUCACUUAUACCCCGCACUUGUUUGUCGAUGCGUGUAUAUUUGAUGGAGCAUAACGAACAUGACGGGUACAAAAUCGGGUGAAGUUUUAUGUUAAUAUCGACAAUAAUAAUUUAUAAAUUUUAUACUAUACGACAGCCACGGCGACAUUGUAAAACAUAAAAAAUAAAUAAAUAAAAAUACAAUAAUAUUGCUACUACGAACGAUCAGUAAACUUGAUUAGGAUGACGGCGUUUUCUUUGAUCGCUGCCUGAUUUCAAUGAAAUAUUCUACCCACUCGACCAUUCAACGUUUUAAAUGGCUCAUACGUCAUCACUGGAAAUAAUAAAGACAGAGGGGGAAAGGUGGUCUUAGCAUCAAGUCCAAAAUUCAACUCGUAAUAGCAUUAACUAGGCAUUUUUCAAUUCAUUAGGUUUUUUAUUUUUAAUUUAAAACCGAUUUAUUUCACUAAGUGGCUCACCCCAUUUUUUCGGUUAAAUUUUGCAUGUAUUCAAAUUCAAAUUUUUAGAAUUUUCAAGUGUAGUUAAAUCCGAUGUUUUCAAAUACUACUAGUAUUUUGUGGUGAUACCAACUAUGGUUUUUCAAAUGAGGACCUAUAUUAAAAAUUCCAUAAAAUAAAUGGAGUAAUAUUGUAAAUCCUUUUGGUGUUAAAAUUGUUGUCUUAAAUAUUGUGAAACAUUCAAAUAUUCGAAAAUAUCGGCUUUAAUUAUACUUAAACAUUUUAAAAAUCAGAAUUUGAAUUAUGCAGAAUUUAAACAAAAAUAAAAGCUGAUACUGAGGAUGAGAGCGCCCACUGUUUUAGGUGAGAAAUUGAGAAGAUAGGAUACAUAAGGUUAUUUCAUUUAUAUCUGUAAGCAACGAUAAAUUAUUGCUUGACGGAAGACGGUGCCUAGCACAGCUCGGUAAUACAUAAUUUGAAGUGCUGUAAGUUUUUUUUUUGAGAUUUUCGUUUAAAUUUUCUUUUAAAACGCUUACUAAAAAAAGGGAAAAAAGUUGUCCGAUGGUUUUGAAAAUUUUACCACGUCUAGGUAAGUUAAAUAUAAGUAUUAUUAUCAACUUUUAAGUCUCUACGUGUAUUUAUAACCGAAUUAUAACUUGAGUUUUCAGAAAAAUUGCUACACGUAAAAAUCGGAGUAAGUUUAACUAAGAAAAAACGUGUCCACAGACUAGAACAAAAAAAAAGAAAAAGAAAUAAACAUCUUAGUAAAACCAAUAGCUCCCUCGUUACGCUUGGAAUCUAAAAUAGGGUGAGCACGUUUAGUGAAUUAUCUAUGACUCGAGGACAUAUCAUUUCGUAAAUAAUGACAUAAUUUUGCAGUCAACAUAAUUGGCGUUACACAUUAUUCCGUAAUUUCUUCAAUGAUUAAAUAUUUCGCCCAAUAGGUUAUAUUGUAUCAUAAAAUGUAUAUAAUUUUAUAUAGAUUUUUAUUUUUAACUGCUGGGGUAGUGUUACGUUUGACCAUGUUAUCACUGUACGCCACAGUGUACGGCAUAGCGUCGGUUAUUGAGAAAUAGAGUAAUGGGUUAACCAAUGACUCAAAACAAAUGAAAGAAUACUUUGCUUCUCACAUUGCUUAUACACACGAACACAGGAAGAAAUGUAAGCGAGAAAAACCCCCUAUACCAUUUUCCGCAGAGAAUAAUCGGUAUCGUGGUCUCGUAUUUAAAAAAAACGUUAUUCGUACCUGUAUACAUUCACUGUCCCGUACGUACGUAAAAUAUCGAACCGUUGGAUGACGCAAUAACGAGCAAGUUUCAUUUGGCAUUAUUUAAUUGUUCCAAACUAUCUGUUUAUUCAAUUACGCUUGUUGUUAAAAACAGUUUAUGUGGUUUUUGUAUUUGUUUAAUAUAAAUUAGUAUGUAUAGUGUAGUGAAAAAAAUACGUUAAACAAAUUUAAUUAUGUCAUUUAUUGUUAAUAAUUAAUAAUAUUGCCAUAAUCAGCAAGGUUGCAAGUUAAUGAAGACAAUUUUUAAAUUCCAAGAAGAGCGAAGCGCGUAUAGAUCUAAGAAAAAUGUUCUGACCAAAAGUUUAUCACCAGUCUAAUACUAUUUCUUUCUUGUGGGAUAUUGGGUCGAAAUGAUACAUUGAUUUUAGAUUAGACAUUUCCUCAGAGUUUUUUUGUUAUAAUUACCUAGACGUGGUAACGUUUCUAAAAUAUUUUGGCUCUUUUCGAGUAAUUUCAAAUCCUCUAAUCCACACGGCCUGUUUGUAAAAAUCUCAAAAUACUACUAUACCUAUUUUUAUAAAAUUGUUUUGUUAAAUUUCUUACCAUUUAUAUAAAAUUAAAAAAAGAUGAAAUAUUUAAACGAAAAUAAGUCAACUGGAGGAAAUUCGAUUCUGAUAUGACAUUCUACUGUUAAUAAGCGAGUUUUUUUUUGAUUAAAUAUAAAAACUAAAAACAAUUUUUAAAUUAUAUAUUGUAAAUCAAAAAAGUAAUAAAUAUACAGUUUUCAAUUUACAUUUUAAAAAACCCUUUUUAGUCUUUAAAUUCUAGCAAUUCAGAUAACCACGACAAUUGACAAGAAUUGUUCGCUCUCGCAUCGAAUUUAUAGGUUUUAGAGUUGGAGCGUAGCAAGGGAUCUAUUGGUUAUACUAUGAUAUGUAGUUUUUAUUUUUUUUUUUUUUGACUGCCUAUGAGCAACAUUUGUACCAAAAUCUUCCUCCGAAUAUCAAGUGUAGAAAAUUUUCAAAAAGGUAAUUCACUCUAGUUGGUGCAUUGAGGAUCUAAUUAUUUUUCAAGCUAUUUUCAAAAUAGUUGGGAAAUACUGGAAAGAAAAUUAUAGAUUGGUAAAACGGGAAAUAUGUACGACGUGCCACAUUAUCAUUUGUAUUGUUUUAAAUUUUUUCAACUUAGUUUUUUACCUAAAUUAUUGCUCCAAUCUAAAAAUGGCAGAAAUCGAUUUUGUUCCUUCUAAUGUAAAAUCAUUGUUAAAGAAAGUUUUUUUUUGAUAUCCAAAGUAGUUUUCAUAAAAAUUGGGAAAAACCAAAAAAGAUGAAAACUAGGAUUGUUUCAAAUUACGGCGCAACGAUUUCAUUAUUUUAAAGCUUUAAAGUUACAUUUUUCUACUAGAAAUCUUUGUCCAAAUUUCUAGAAAGACAUAUUUUGAGUAAGAAAUUUGUCGUUUGAUUUUCCGUUUAAUUUUUCUUAUAGUUAUGAAGGAACGUAGGAAAUAUGGCAAAGUACGGCAUUUGAGAUUUUUGUUGUUAUGUUGUCAUUAGGUAAAAAUUAAUGAAGAAACCUAAAGUUUUCUCAAAAUACUAAUAUUGGCCUUUUGUAGAUAUAGUAAAAUGUUCAAAACGAUCUAUAGGCAUUUUUUAAACUUAUAUUUGAUAGGUACUAUACUCGCAUGUAAAUAAAAUCGUUUGACUAAAUAGAAAUGUUUAAAAAUUUAACUAGAUGUUUAUUAUAAGUAAGCCAAAAAAAAACCUGCCAUCAAAACAUAAAUCAACUGUAUUAGUUCUUUUAUUCUCGGUUUUUAUUUUCGAUAUUAAGAUUUGUUUUUGCAUUAUAAUACACGUUUGAUUGGCUAUUUUAAAUGCGAAAAUAAUAUGCUGGUGAUAUCUUAUAGAUAUAAUAAUAAUAAUAAUAAUAAUAAUACUAUUAUUAUGUUGUCAAUCGUGAAAAUAGAAAAUGUAUAUUAAAUUGGCUUGAAAAUAACAUUAUAAUGCUGAGAUAAAAACAAAUCUUCUCUUGUUAUUGAUUAAUUCAAAUCACGAAGGAAUUCUUUAUCCAGGAACAUUUGUCUUUUGCAGUUGUGAGACAUAUCAAAAAAAUAAUCUUAAAUAAUGCGUAUAGUUUAGCGAUAUCGCGGACGUCUUUAUACUUCGUCUGUGUAAUCCUUAUAAAUUGUUUGCUCUAUUUGAAAAAUCACAAGGCUAUAUAUAUAUAAUAUAUAAAUCAACUUUUAUACUCUAUACGGUUUUAUCUGAAAAGUAAAUACAUAUUUUUUAAUAUUAGAAAAAUAAAUAUGAAUAUUCAUAUAACAAUAUUAAAUAAAAUAUAAAAGUAUUAUUGAUUAUAUUAUAUUGUUAAAAAAAAAAAAAACUCCCGUAAGCAAUAGAUCUCCAUCACUAAAGUUAAAUUUUCCACCUCCAUAUUUUUUUUGUAUUAUAUAAAUAUCCUUUAUAUAACAGUAAUUAACCGAAUCCUGUGAUAAUAAAAUACCUAUAUUAUAAUACAAGCACACUACUUCUAACAAAAUAGUGAAAUUAAACUAAAAAAAAAAGGUAGGGGUUAAGAUUGAAAUUCCAAAAAAGGCACAUCCUUAAUACGGACGUCUUUCAUUAUGUAUUUACGAAAUUUGUCCAUCCGGCUUCAUCUGAGCGGCCUAAAGAAAUGUUCAGAAGUAAAAAAAAUUAUCUCCUUCCACAACGAUUUGGUGAAAUUGAUAUUGAAAUCCAACUCAAAUUAUAACAAUUCAUUUUGCUUAAAAACGAUUAUAAUUCCAGAAUUUGAGCCCAUUUGGUCGUCCAGAUUCUAGAGAUUUAACAGACACAGUACAAUCAAAUAGUCGCUAUUUUCAUGGACAAUUUUACAAAAUAUUUAGCUUUUGUAAUAAUUAAAAAACAAUUACACUCAAAAAUUUUAGGAUAUUAUGGUUCGUGCUUACGGUUAUGUAGUUUUUAUGUAUAGUGACAGAAAAUAUGUAUUUCGUAACAUACCUUAUUUCGCGUGCUAAAACCAAAGUUUUCCAUAAAUUCCGAAUCUCGUUUUAACAGUUAAUGUUAAUAUCAUUAUAUUAUAUUUAUCCAAUUAUUGAAUUUUGUAAAUAAUCCCGUAAAAAGCUAUUUAUUUUACACUUUUUGUCCAAAUGUUUUUAAUUCAUAUAUGGAAUAUUGAAAUAUCAAAAUAUGUCUUUAUUCGUCAUGCGUUUUCCUGAAAGUUGUUUAUUUUGCAGUUAUGUUAUUAAUCAUUACUUCUUCGAUUUAAUUACUCAUCGCUCAUAUAAUUUUGCUUCACACAAUGUGUUGUGAAAUACCAAAAUUAAGUUUAUAUUUUACCAUCGGAAUUUUUGAUUUAAAUACCGAUAGUGAAUAAUGUGAUUUGAGUUUUUCUUUAUUUGAAUUCAUGACGUUCGAAAUGGAAAUGCGGGGAAAAAGAAAAUACGAACAAAACGCCCAAAUUCCCCGAAUAUAUGUGGCAAUAUUGGCGUGUUUGUAAAAAAAAAAGUAUAGGUACCUAUGUCAGUCUAUGGAUGUACAGAUGGUGAAUUCCCAAAUAAAAUAUCUAGGUUUUUUUUGUCAUUCUUUUCUCUGAAUUACAUUUCCGAUUUUGUCCCUAGUGUAGAAUGCACUACAUCUAAUAUAUAUGUAAUACAUACGAACAAAUAAAGCAUUUUUUUUUCAUCCUUCUAUAAAUAUUAGCUGUAUUAACCGGCUUCGCUCAUGUACAGUUUUGUAACGAUAGAUAUAAGUAAAAAAAGACGGACAUAUUCUGCACGUGGGUGGGCCACUUUUGUAGGUGAAAAGUUGGGAAGAUAGAGGGGAAAUUUCAUGUUCAAUAAAUACUUAUAUCUAUAUAAAACGAUUCUGAGGGGAGUUCGGUUAAUAGUGUUGAUUUGUGAACAUAUGUAUAUGUCAUAUUAUGGUAAAAUAAUUACAUAUGCAUUAUACAUUUUCUUUAAUAAUAUUUGUACCUGUUUUCCUGUUUUCCUAUGUUUUUUCCCGGUUUUUCCCAUUUAUUAGAAAAACUUCUGGGGAAUUUAAAAAAUUACUUCUCUAAAGUACCACCCCAGUCAGAUUUCCUUUUAGAAAAAGUGCUAUCAUUGUAAAUUGAAACAAAAUUGCUGGUAGAAAAAUUAUCCACAGAAAAAAAAAACAUUAAUGUAUAACCAAAAAAAUUUAAUGGAAAUAAAGAUAUUUCUUUUGAUACAUUUAUACGUAGAUAUAACUUUUACCUAAAGAUGUUUUCUUAAUAUCAAAAACCAUAUGAAGCAUAAAUAGAUACCACAAAUACAUUUAGGGCAUAGAUCCUACUUUUACAUAUAUAAUGAACACUAUUUACGUUUAUUUUCUUUUAUGUCAAAAAAGUAACCCAGAAAUAAACAAAACAAAAAGAUGAAUAAUAUAUGAUUGGUAUUUCAGAAUUACACACACGAUGAAACUAUACAGACCAGGCUAUUGUGGUGUGCCUUUAUAAUAGUGGGCACACCAAUUUGUGAAAAAUCACAAGAUAAUUUUUUUGUUGCCUUUAUAAUUUACUUUCUAACGGUAUCGUGGCCAAAACUUUUGAGCCACUUUUGAGCUUUUAAGGAAUUUUAAUUUUUGGGAGUUUCUUUGCUGUAAUUCGGUUAUAAAUAAACGCAGAAACUUGAAACUUGGUAAUAAUACUUAUGUUGGACUUGGUAACCUAGACAUGGUAAAAUUUUCAAAAUGAUCGGACGACUUUUUUUUUUAAUAAAAGUUUUGAAAUUAAAUUCAAACGAAAAUCUCAAAAAAAAAUAAAUAAAAAAUUACGGCACUUCAAAUUAUGUAUUACAGAACUGCGCUCAGAAUCGUCUUUUGUCAAGCAAUGGUUUAUCGUUUCUUACAGAUAUAAAUGAAAUAACCUUAUGUAUCCUACUUCCCAACUUCUCACCUACAACACUGGGUGCUUCCAUCUCUAGUAUCAGCUCUUUUUAUUAUUUUCAAUUCGAAUUUUAGUAUACCGACAUUGUUUCAUUACUAAAGAUCAAAUAAAAAUCGAAAUCGAAAUGUUUCACUUUGACGUCGUAUAUAGCUAGUACUAUACUUAAAGAGAUUUCCAGAGCCUUAUUUUAAAUAUUUUACUUUUAGUUUUUCGGUAAUGGCGUCUCAAAAUCCGUACUCUCCAUCUGGCAAUUUACUAGUGUGUAUUAUUAUUAAUUUAUUCACAAAUACCGAGCUGGACUUAUCGAUUUAACGUCAUUUACACGCUAUUUUAUUAUGCCAAUAUUGUUACGUCUUAUGAAUUAUUAUAAUUCUAAUUUCGGGUAAAAUAAAACAAUAUAACAUUGUUGGUUCAUCGAGACGGUUCUCUUCCUACCCGUAGUUUCUUCAUCUCUAUAAGGACCGAUCCGCCCCUGUAGUGACGUAUAUAAAAGUAACCGCCUAUCGUACCGGCAGCGGCAUAAUAAGAAUAUUUUAUAUGAUAAAACGAAAAAAAAAUAUAAAUACUACUACACGAUAUAUUUCGAGGGAGAUUACGAUCUCCAUUUUUAUAUUAGAAUUCACUCGGAAAAUACGCUAUAAUAACCGCGUUUUCGCGAGACAUAAUUUUUUUUUUCGGCGUCCGUAUAACAUACAUUCGAAUAUUAAACGGCGACGUUUCCAGAGAUUUAUUGCCAGUCUGCAGUGUGAACCUAAGCCUAACGACCGCGACAACGAAAAAUCUUUAAACUCCACUAUCGUGGUUGAUUCAUAUAUUUUAGAAUAUAUUAUUCUGCUAUAUUACUGAAUUUUUAACAAUUCAGACCAUAGUCAAUAACACUGCCAAAAUCCGAUGAAAGUAUUUUAAAAAAAAAAGAAGCUAUAUUACAAAUGUUUGGUGACUAAGUGAUUUUUCACGAAUUUUAUGACAUGUACGAAUACAGUGAAAUUAUUUCAAAUAUCAUACAAAUUAGUAAUUAGUAAUUACAAAUAUAACCCACAAAUUAGGUGGUUAUCAUUAAGUAUUAUCAAUCUCCUAAUUUAUAACGGAAUGAUGAGAAAUGAUUGAAUGGGACACCGCUAUAUUUAUUUAACCUUGAAGUACAACUUAUGAUGAACUAUGAAUCAAAUUGUUUAGAAUUUUCACAGUGCCAAAAGUGUUUUAUUCACACAAAUUGAAAAUAUAGUACACACGAUUUAGUAAUUUGUAUACAUUUUUCGUCGUUUUCAUUUUGUUUUCCUGGUCCAUUAUUAAGAAAAUGAAAAAAAUUGAAAAAUAAUAUACGUCUAAUGAACUAAUGAGGCAAAACUUUUUACCAGAAGUUAAAGUUGAUGAUUGAAGCAAGAUUUUUGGGCAAAAACUUGUUGACUGGCAGAAAAAAGCAAACAUUAUAGUAACAUUUUUCGUUUAGUCUAAAAUCGUACUUUCAAUAUUCUUUUUAGUAUUUUAUUAUAUUUAUUACAUUUAAUGGUACUUUAGGGAGGUAAUUUAUUAAGUUUAAAUGCUGUUUUCAUAAAAUCUGUGAAAACCUGAAAUAAAAUGUAAGAAAAACAGGAAAUUUACGAAAAUUUCUCAAUAAAUAGGAAAUAACGGAAAGACUACUUUUCUACCAGCAAUUUUGCUCCGAUUUACAAUUCUACGAAUAUAAUAAUAUGGCCAUAUAAGUCAUACCAGUAUUACAAUAAAUAUUUCAAUACUAUCGCCGAUCCUACAAUAACACCAGUAGAGAUAAUUAAAAAAUAACAGCAGUGGCGCAAAAGUAGGUACCUACUAUAUCAAUGUAGGACUGGCUCUUUGAACUGGCCCGGACUGAACAAUAAUAUAACUCAUUUAUGAAACCAGCUUCAUUAUCGAUUUAUAGACCGGCCGAGUUCAACCCUUUAUUACAUAAUUUGUGAUUUGAUCAAAAAUUCAUAAAGAACCACUGAAGAAAUUAAAUUCAUAAAAUGAAAUUUGACUAUUAAAUGGCAUUUUAAAAUUGAAUACCUAAUAACUAAUUACUAUUAAACAUUUUAAAAAUGUAUGGAGUUAUCUUGUUUAUACAUAUUUUUUUUAAUAAAAAUGACACGAUCGAAACCGUUAAAAAUCAAUAUUGAACCAUUGGAAAUAAUUAAAAUGUUUAAUUAAAAGUAGCUGGGCUCAUUUUGAUGACAAAAAUACAAGGAUGUGCAAAACCACAAAAUAAUAAUGUUAAUUAUGUAGAAAAUAUUUUUUUAACGUACAAUAAUGAUAAAAUAAAAAUAAAUUAAAUCACUAGUAUUAAUAAUAAUAUUCUAAAUUUCCCAAAAACAGCGGUCUUCUCGUAGUUCCGUCGACGUUUAAAGUCAAAAGUGAAAUGAUAAUAUUUAUACAUAAUGAUGCCAUUGCGAUCGGUAUCAUCGGUUCAUAUUGUAUUCUAAUUUCGUGUAUAAACCACGGGUUAAAGUAUCUUGACUCGGGUAUAAACGAAUAAAUAAAAAUAAAACGAAAUAAUCUGAUGGCUUGAUGCCAUAACACUUUUAGCAUUGAUUAAUAUUAUUAUUACCAUUGUUGAUCAUAAAGUUAUUUUUAGUUUUAUUACUUUUAUAAAUGUUAUUGAGCUAGAAUAUACGUGCGUACAAAAUGCAAUAAUUAAUACUAUAACUGUCUUAUAAAUGUAUUCUAACGUCAACGAAAUAUUUUUCUUUUUGAAUAACUAUUUUUUUGAACUAGUUUUAAUGUCGUAAGCGCGAGGCCAUAAAAGUGGCUAAAAUUCACCCAGGGCCUGAGGCCAAUGUCCCAAUUGGCCUAACCUAGAACAGGCCCAGGUCCUUGCAUACAUAAUGCCACAUUUUAUGAUGGCAUUUGGAUAUCUGAACAUAAUGUCUGUAAUUGUAUUAUUAUAUAUAACUCGUCGUAUACGAGUCUUAAAAGUUCGUCUAAAGACAUCAAAGAAAACACGAACGGGCAAAAUUAUUAUCAUACAAAGUCACAUUAAAACAUAUUAAUUUUACUCGUAUAUAUAGGUACGUAUUAUCUGUAUACAAUAAUAAGGCGAAAGUGGAAGAGACGUAUGUUGGUGAUUUUUUAUGUUUUUGCUGACAACUAUCGAAACAUGGUUUUUGUUAUCAGUCGUUAAGUGGAUAUCAACAGUAAUCUAUUAGUAUGUGUUGUUUUUUUUUUUCAUAAACAUCGCGUACGUCGGGUAAGAACAUUUCGUGUAAGAAAACUGAUUUUUUUUUUUUUACUUGUCAUCGAUUUACAUAAUAUAAAUUACCAUGAUCAUUCGUUUCCACUAUAAUUAUUAUGUAUACAUAAUAACUGCAAAAAUAUAAAAUUGUGAUCAACGUCUUAACAGCUUCGUUUCGUCAGCACUGGUAUAGUGGUAUUUUUGAAUUUUUAUACCAAAUUUUACAGUAUUAUGUAUUUUUAUGUAUAACUUCUGAAAUACAAGAAAAUACUGUUUCUCUAUGGACGUGCUGAGGAAAUGUUCCCCUAGUGUUAAAACUUAGUUAAUAAGUAUAAAAAAUAAUAAAAGCUGAUACUAUUAAUGGGUUCGUCAAUUUUAUAAGUAGGAGUUUGGGGAGAUAGGGUACGUAAAUAUAUUUACUUAAUAUCUGUAUGUGAUGGUAAAUCAUUGUUAACUAAAUACGAUCCUGAGCGAAUUUCAGUUAACCAUAUUUGAAAUGGAAUGCUUUUUACGGUUUUCAUUAAAAUUCAAAAUUAAAACGCUAAUGAAAAAAAACUACAUUUCACUCAACCUUUUUUUUAACAUUGGUUAGUUUAUUAAAGACAAUUCGUAUUAUUAAUUUGUAUAAAAUUAGUCACAAGCCUGUAUCAUAUAAACAAUAUAAAAUAAAAUAAAUAAACAUCAAGUACAACUUAUGAUAACCUAACCUAACCUUGUGUUAAAUUUUCUAAAAUUUUUGUUUGACCAAAAAAAAUAUAUUCAUGUAAAUCAAAAAAUAGUACGUGAAAUGAAGUGACUUUUACAUUUUCCAUUCAAAUUUGAACUUUAAACGCGUAUGUAAAAACUAUUAGAUAGUUUUAUUAGACUAUUAUUUUUUUUUUUUUUUUUUGAUCAUUAUAAGUACAACUUAGUGUAAAAUGUUCACUUAUUUUUUUUUCGACCAAAAUAAUUUGAUCUCUAUAAAACCAAAUGACUAUAAAAAAAACUUCAAACAUGUUAGAUACGUACCUAUAAAUAGUUUGAAAAUCGCCAGCAUUGUUCGAUAUUUUACUACAACUAGAAAAGAAUAAUAUUAAUAUUCUGUGAAAGGUCAAUUUAAUUUUCAAAAAAAAAAAAAUCUAAAACAAAUAAAUCAUUAUAUCCGUAAACUUUAACCUUUUUUUCUUGCCUAUUCUUAGUUAUUUAGAAAACUAUAAGGAAAAUGAAUUCCCCAGUUGACCAAUUAAAAGCAAAAUGCUACAAAUAAGCUCUCUACUUUUUUUGAAGCAAAAUUGUAUAGACAUUUUAGCUGAUAUUGGUGUUGGGUGGGCCACUAUUGUUGGUGGGAAGUUGGGAAAGUGGCAUACACAAAGUUGUAUCUAUUUCGCAAUGAUAAAUUAUUGCUGAUAUUCAAAGAUGUGAAUUUUUUUUCUGGAUUCCUAAUAUGAUGUUUAUAAAAACCAGUCAUUUAUUUAGUCAGUUUAGUUUCAGUCAGUUAUUUAUUUUAUUUUUUCACACAUAUGGUUUUAAUAUUAAAAUAUUUAGUUACCCUGAUAUUUGGCUACACAAUUAUAUGGCGAUUAUUAAUAAAUUAUAACAAUUUAAUAAAUUAAUUAAUCUUCUCGUAAAAUUAUUGUACAAUACAAUUUUUUAUGAUAGGGAUAAUUCUUUUCUAUAUAUAUCGUAUAUAUUAUGAUGAUUUAUUAGACACCUACUCUAUUUAUAAAUUUAUAUUAUUUUUAACAGAGACAAAAAUAUACUCAUUGGUUAUUGUAUCUAAAACAUUUUUCAUCGACAAUAAUGAUCAAAUUAUGCAUCGUUACUCACUAUUCUAUAUUAUACGUUAAUGUAAACACAUCAUAAUAUAAAGAUAUUAAACCAACAAAAUGCGUUAACAAAUUGUAGGAAAAAAACUAUACUAACGAACUCGAAUAUUCUGAUAGUACGUAAUAUGUCGCAAUAAUUGGUUCAAAGGAAAAAAAGUAUGUUUACCUUUUCGGGUAUAAUUACCAAAGAGCAAUUAUUUUUGUAAAGUAUUUGAAACAUUAUUUGAAGUAUUAUUAUAUUUUAAUAUUCAACAGCAAAAUUUCGAAAAUUUAAAUAACUUUAAAAAAAUCAAAUCGUGACAAAACUUAAUAAUAAUAUAAUGUUCUGAUUAUAUUUAUUCAAAAUUAAAAAUACACCCACACAGUGGCGAGUCUAGGAUAAUUCAAUGGGAGCCAGAAGGGGAUGUAGCAAAUCAUAAUUUACGAAUAAAACGUCUUUAUUGUCUACUGUUAUACAUCUAUUGGAACCACGGUCAAAAGGAAUAAUUGGUAUUAAAUUCUUGGUUAGUUAAUGUAGUUUAAUGGGGAGUCCGGGGAACUGUUUUACUUCCGGUCUACUUAGAUGGUAUAGGCCUCUUCAUGGCGGUGGAUAUUAGUAGCGCCGUGGAUUUAUCGCGGUGCAAAACUGACGUGUGCAUUUCUCGUUGGGCGGGCGAAUUUCGGUACUUUCCCACCGAGGUUGUAUUCGGCGAGAGAUGGAGACUUUUGGCUCGCCUCUCCACGUGGUCAAUCGGGAGUCUUCUCAUGUUCUGAUCGUUGGGUCACUGAAUGGGAUGUUCUCGAGUAAACCACUUACCUCCGGCAACGGAUAUUGUGUUAUCGCCCGUGUGUCGGUAGACUCCUGAUUGCUUCCGGUGCGAACUGAUCAUCUGUUUCGUCAGUGACUGAGUGUCGAGAUAAGUCCAACUUUUGACAUUUAUGAAAAGUAGUUCGGGCGGUCCCUGGAGCCUCGACGUUGACCAAUUUUCGGAGCCCAACGGAGACCCAGGUGUCAGCCGUAGUCUCAUGUCGUGAUCGGUGCCUUGCGGUUGGAUUCGGACGGAUUUACGAGUUUCUUUGGGUAGUGGUUAAAUAGCUAGGUGGUGACUGAACCCGUAAGCAGGUGGUAGAUGAAUUGGGUAACGGUUGCUAGGACCGCGCUCUGAUGCGUUGUCAUGCAUCCGAGGUUCACCCUGAACCCCUCCGGAUCUUUUGGAUAAUAAUGGGGACGGAUGUAAUCACUAUUAUAGACAAUUUAAUGUAUACCAGUAAGCCAUUGCUUACGAAAAAACAAUUCUGAGCGGAGUUCAGUUUAUAGUGAUGUUUUGCCAACAACAUAUAUGUCAUAUUAUAGUAAAAUAAUUAAAUAGGCUCUAUAUAUUUUCUUUAAUAAUAUUUGUUUAAUGUUGUACCGAUUUUUCCCAAUUUUUCACAUUUGUUGAGAAAAUUCCUGGAAAAUGGAAAAACGACCUCUAUAAAGUACCUCAUCAGAGAAAUUUUCUUUCAGAAAUAUUGUUAUCAUUAAAAGCUGGAGCAAAAUUGCUGGUAGAAAAGUUUUACAGAAUAAAAAAUCGUAAUAUUAUAUUUUGUAAAUUUUUCUGUUUUUUUUUUUUGGUUUUUCACAUUUGAUGAGAAAACUCUUGAGAAUAUCGAAUAAUGAUACCUCUUUAAGGUAUCUUCCUACACUGAUUUACUUUCAGAAAAGUUGCUAUAUGUAAAAAAAUAAACAUCUUUAUAACACCAUAAGCUUCUUCCCUUUACAAAAUAAGGUUAUCGUUGGCAACGGUUUUUAUUUAUUUUUUGUUAUUAUUAAGUAUUUAUUAUUUUAAAUAUUUUUAAAAAAUUAUUUUUGUCGUGGAAACGCACAUUGUUAUAAUUAUUUUACCAUAAUAUGACAUAAUAUAUAUUGUUGACAAAGCAACACUAUCAAUUGAACUCCGCUCAGAAAACGUUUUUUCGUUCUCAAUUGUUUAUCAUUGCUUAUAGAUAUACAUUAAAUUUCCGUCUGUAUCCUACCUUCUCAACUUUCCACCUAAAAUAAUAGUUGCACCCACGUGCGAAGUAUGUUUGUCUUUUUUUAAAAUUUUGUUUUCAUCGUUAAUAGUCAAUACCCUCGCCACCUGAAGUAUUCUUUCACGGUAGUUCCAGGUGGUGGAUCACUAUCAUUAUUGAACGAAUAAAAUAUAUAAAUUAUAUUUAAUUAAAAACCACACCUCCGGAUAUGCUCACCCUAUUUCUGUAGAUGUGGGAUAUAACCCUUACCCUCAAACUGAACAUAUCACUGGAUUCAAAUAUAUUUUACUUAAAUGCCUAUAAAAUUAUAACGUUUCUGAUUUUUAUCGGAAUACGGUAUAUUUUAAAGAAAACAAAUAUUUUUAUUUUCAAUUUUCAUCAUCGUACACGUAAAAUCCAUUUUGUUUCGUAUUUUUUAAUUAACGAAUAGGUAUUCAUUUUAUGUGUUUAUUUAUAUACCUACGUCGUUUGAGCAAACUAAGCGUUGGCUUUCGCCGUCGGUCUAAUUAAAAACUCCGAACCGUAUUAUUAUUUAUUUAUUUAUUUUUUUUGUGGAAAGAAGUUUUCUCGUUUACCUCAUAAUAAUUUAUGACCACUUUAUUUUAACUUUAAUAGGUACAACUAUAAUAUACCUAUAUACCCUAGAUAAGAUAAUUUUUAGAUUCUAAGCGUAGCGUUUUACUAGGGAUGAGUGGUUUUUUCUAUACAUUUUAUCAAUCUAUAAUUCUAUAGAUUGAUAUCAGAAAUCUUGAUCUUAUCAUCAAUUUUAGGGGUGGUUUAUGUAAAAUUAUAUAUAGCAAGUGCCUUGUAGAGAGCAUAUUUUAUUUAUCAAAGUUUCUUUUAAUAAUUGAGAAAAAACAAUAGGAAAACCGUGGAAAUUUAUACAAUUACGAUUUCUGUUAUUUUAAAUUUUGUUUUUAAUUGGAAUUCAGUUACAAACAUGUUUAAUCGAACUUUGUUUAGAAACGUUUUUCGUUAGAAUAGAUUUAUCGUAGCUUACAGAAAUAUACAUUAAAUUACCCUGUAUACCUUCCAAAUUUCUAAUUUACAACCCUACAACAUGGUGGUGUAUAAGACAUUUACAAUGCACUGGUUUUGUUUUGUAAUAAAAUUAUCAUUUAUUUAUAGAAAUCAAAAUACUAUUGUACAAUUUUGUUAAAUAAUUCAAAACCUAAUCAUAAUAAAAAUACUAUAACAUAAUGUUUAUUUUUAAUUAACAUAGAAUAAACAAACAAAUUUGUAGGUACGUAAAAAAUAAUAUUAACUCAAAUUGCGAAAUGUAAAAUUAGGAUUUAGAAUUUUGGGUUUAUGAAGAAUUCGGGUAUAUGUCAUGAUAUCGAGUAUUGAUAAUUUUAUCUAACGGCAACGUUGGACGCAUUUAAGAGGUUUCAAAAUUGCGUCCGUCGCAGGUAAUUUGCAUACGUCAUACUCGUACUUAGGUGUAUAGAAAAUAGACAUGGUACAUUAUUAUUGAUUAUUUUGGUCACGUGUAAAAUAGUUAAUAUCACGCAAUACCGUUUUUAAAUCGAUCAGACUAUAUUAAAGACAUAGUUACCUAAUGUGUAGAAUAUCCCAUCUAACCUAACCUAACCUACCAUAUGUAUACUUUUUUACAGGUUUUACUGUAUUAUAUGAUGCAACUGAUUGUGUUUUAUAAAACUUAUUUAGAAGUACAGGAAUUUUUUUAUAAGGGGUGGAGGGAGCGAAAAUAUAUAUGAUGUUCCCAAUAUCCCUAAUAUUAAUCUAUCUAUAUUUUUUCGUGAGAGCCGUUUCUUCCUCCCCCCAUAUGCGUACGUAGGAAACGCAUAGGAGGGAUAUAAUGCAUUCACCCUCCUCCUUCCAUACGUUGUUGUUCUUAUGGACGUAUAAAAAUGUUUUGAAUCAAUAUUAAUUUAUAUUUUAUGGAAAUACGUAAAAAUAUUGAUAUUUUAAAAUCAAAAAGACGAACAAAUUUCGUUUCAAAUAUUUGUGAAUAUUUUUAUUUAAAUUGUUUAAUGAAUGUAUUGGCUUUACAAUGAUUUUUUUUUUUUUUUAUUUUUAUUGCGUAUUAAAUUUCAACCAUAAAUUUUGCUCUGAUUUUUAAGUGUAGUACUUUUUUCGAAAGGAAAUUAGACUGAGGUUGUAGUUUAGGGAGUUCAUUUUCCCAAUUGAUUACAUAAUAAAUUGGAAAACCAAGGAAAAAUAUGAGAAAAUAUAUGAAAUGUAUUACCUAGUAAAUAUUAUGGUCUUUUUUUAAUUGAUUUUGUAAUACUAUAGUUUUUUUCAUACAAGAUAAACAUUUUUUUUCUAACUGUUUAAUUUAAUAUUUACCUAAAUACUAAUUUGAUUCACGUAUCGAGUGUAUACUGAACGAAAUGAUACCAUUUUUAUUUACAUAUAAUUGCAUAUUUUACAAUUUUGUCGAAUCCAAAAAUCCAAAAAUAAAUAAUGUAUAUAUGCAUUUUUUUGGAUUUUGAGAAUACAUAAAUGCAUAUUUCAGAGAAAUACUAUGACUACAGUAUUAUGUAUACUAAUAUAUUGUGUAUAUUUUGGCGCGUUUAAUUUAGUGAGUUUAUUUUUGGAUUUUCUGUGUAGUUUUAUUAAUAACUAUGCAAUACCUAAAAAAAAGGUAGAAAGAACUGUGCCCUGACAAUUGAGCUCAGAAAAGAGCUCGCAGCAAUCAAGCGAAGACAACUGAGCGCCGUGACAAUUUAGCGCUACGAAAAUUAAGCGCGACCACAAUUGAGCGCCAUAAUGUUUUAUACAAUUAAAUAUAAAAUCCAUUUUGAAUUAGAUUUUUAAUGUUAAAUCUGUUAGGAUUUUUAAUAUUAUAUAAUAUUAUUUAUACUUAUCUCGUCGCUAGAUAAGUACGCGACUAUGACUAUAUGUUAUAAGGUCAACCGUGUCAAAUAUAGUAAUGUUUUACUAUUCGUUUACGCACUUCUAAUGCUUGACUAUGAAACUGUUGCCAUUAAGGCAAUAGAAAAGUAUUUUCCCGUAAUGUAAUAAUUUGAUGUUUUUUUUCAUUUUUGCCAAUGUGUAUGGAAACAUAUUCAAGAUACUGGAGUUGCAGUAAAAUACCGUGAAAAUUCAGAGUUUGCAUUAAAUAUUAAAAAGCUGAACGCAUUACCAUAUGUUCCCGCAGGACCUGUUAUUGAUGCAUUCACAAACCUAUUAGAAACGAAUUUUUAUAAAGAUAAAGAAUUAAUAUUAAAACCUCUUAUCGAUUAUUUUGAAGACACAUAGAUAGGUCAAAUUGAUCGUAACGGGAACCGAAGAUCUCCAAAAUUUUUCUAAAACAAUUGUCCAAAAUAUUUAACUGUAUUUUUUAUUUUUAUUUAUCCACCAUUUACCGCUAUUUGCUAAUUAUAUUUUAUAAAAAAAAUUAUUUUGACUCAUUAUAACACUUUUUGUUAUUAUCGUAUCAUAUUAUUAAAUUAUAAUCGUAUCAUUUUAUUAUAAUAUAUUUCUACGCAUAUUUAAAAAAAAAUAAAUAAUAAUUUAUUAUCGAGUUCAGUUUUCGCCGCACUUAAAUGUCGCCUCGCUCAAUUUUCCGCGCUCAGUUGUCUGCGCUCAAUUGUCGUUGAUCCAGAAAAAAGGUGAACAUUCAUGAAAAUAGUGCUUUUAUUAUUUUCAAUUUUGUUUUUUUUUUGUAAUUUAAUUAAACAUAUUUGUAGAGACAUGAAAUUAGGAUUAAAAACUUAUAUUUGCUUUUUCUAGACGUUGUAAAAGUUUCAGAACAUUUGUGCCAUUUGACUUAUUCAUGGAUAUUUUAAUUUUGCGAGUUUUUUACGUAAUUUGUAUUCGGUAGGUACCCUGUGAAUAAAAUUGUUUGACUAAAUAGAAAUACACGGACAUUUUACAAGAGGUUCAUUAUAAAUCAUACUUAAGUAUGUCAAUUUUUUUUUUUUUACAGAAGUUUUGAUUUGAUUUAUUUAUUCAUUUUAUUUUUUAUUAUUAUUUGCAUUUUUUAAAGAAUAAAAACUGAGUUUUUUUUAUUAUUAUUUUUUUAUAGGAACUGAAAUUUCUACAUCAAUGAUGACCCAAAAAUCGCCUCAGGUGAAUUCCCCGAACGGUAUGUCCAUAAAAUAAUAUAAAUUGCAUUAUUGUGACGUUGUGUAGACUAUAAUUAUUACAAAAUAUCCGUGGUCGAGUUAAUAUUUUCCCAGUUGAGAAUGUAUCACGUCGUCACAAGUCUGCAGGAUUUAUCUAUAAUUUGGAGAUUAUUAAAGUUAUUAUACGUUAUGUUAAUCUAUUACCAAGGACAGAUCUAGAGCUCAAUUUUGGGUUGGUAAAAAGUAAACAUAUAGUAUUAAAAAUAGUAAGUUAAAAGAUCUUAUGAACUAAAACAUACUACUCCAUUACAGUGUUUGGUUUGAAGGCAAAUGAUCUCGAUGCCCCUUCCCAUGGAUCCGACACUACCUAUUUGUUUAUUAUAAAACUUUUUAAAUUAUUUAUUUUUGUCAUUUAUAUAUAAUAGUUUAGUAUCUUAAAUAAUAUAGUAAUUUAGAAGUCAGAAUUAACCUAGUAUAAUUGAAUCGUUUCCAUUAUUUAAUAAUAUAACCGAUUCGAAAGGUAAUAAUUAUUACUCGCAAAAAACUAUAAUCGCUAUAUUUAUUUUGUUAUUUGUCGGAUAACUAUUAAUUGUUUAACAUAAAAUUCGAUUCAUUUAUCGGUAGGUAUAAAUUAUGAGACCUUUAUUAUUUUUUUCUUUUUAAGUGCGAUGAUUCAUCGUUUUCAGACUGUUAAAGACAAUACGAUACAAACCUAAUCUAAAGAUACCUAUUGAAUAAGUGGUUUUUACUUAACGGAAAGUGUUCUUUACUGCUACUGCGGUGAGUCGAUUUUGUUUCAACAUUAUUUUUCCAAGUAGUUUUGUAUUUUAUCUAAUGCAUUUUUAUCUGAAAAAAGUAAUGAAAUAAACUGUUACAUAAAUAAAGCUAUAGGUGGGUAAUUGAAAAAUAGUGUUAUUUCGGAUAAGUGUAUACUCGAUGAAUUAUUAUCAACUCUUUUGCUAAAUCAUAACAUAGAACUUUAAUAAUUGUUUCCAGAAAAUUUCAAAUAAUAAAACAAAAAUAAUUGGAUUAAAAGUAAAAAUAAUAAAUAUAACUAAGGAUGAUUUUUAAUUUCGAUCCAGCGCUAAUCUACAACGAUUUUGAGUAAAUUGAUUUUGAUAUCUUAAGUCAUUAUUUAUAUUAAUGCAGAAAGGGCACAUUGGCGUCGUCAUGUCAUAUUCAAAUGUUUAAAUUCUUCAAGAAAGACAAAAAAACUCCUUAAACAACUUAUCCAAUUCUUGAAAAAUUGGAUAAGUUGUUUACGAAAUUUUCCGGAAAAUGAUUGUAUAAACGUAUAGAUUCUAUCUAACAUGAAUCAUUUUUCAGUUAUUUUCAAAGAUAUUAAAUAUUUUUUUUUUCAAGGAAAAUCAAAUAAUUUGAACAGGUAUUUUCCUACAUGUUUUAAUAUUCAUAGAUUCAUAUAUAAAAUUGUUUAGCGAAAUUAUACUCACGAUAUAGGUAUUUAAAAUUUUACCAUUAAUCUAUCCACCAUGUAAGCACAUAUCAUUUAUUAAUUUCCAAACAUUAAUUUCUCCGCCCUAUUUUUAAACUAAAUUUAAAAAUAAUAUGUUUCUAAAAAUAUUGGAGUAUCAAUACUGUCCAAAUCAAAGUUACUUUCUAUUAGAUAAAAGAUAACAUUUCGCAAAGUUUUAAUUAGACCCAUAACAUAAUAUACGUGUAAGACGUGGGCAACCACUAAAACGGAUUCGGUGUUUUUGAAUGUAAAAUACUUUCGGAAAAUGUUUAGACCAAAAAAGAACGAAGAAGGUGAAUUUGAAGUUAGGUCAAAGAAGAGUUGAGAAGAUUAUUUAAAGAAGCCAAUAUUAUAAGAAUCAUGAAGAGUAGUAGAAUAAGAUGGGACACUCAUAUUUGAAGAUCUGAUGCAGUAAUAGGGAACGUAAAAAAAUGAAGAUUGAGCACAAAACGGCCCAGAGGAAAAGCCAGACAACGGUGGGCUGAUAGAGUCAAGGUAGACCUCUGGAAGAUUGGAGUGGAGAACGCGAAGGAAGCGUUAAGGGACAGAAAUGUGGAAAUGUUUUUUUUUUUUUUUCAAAUUGCCCAGAGGCUUUAUUAUUUAAAUUACUUCAUAAAUAUGUUUAUCAAGAUGUAGAUCUUACAUACUAGAUGUUAAUAUAUACUUUACACGUUGAUGAAGUAACACUUCCAAUGAAGUGGCUCCUACCUUUAAUUUAAAUUCUUAAACAAUGUAGUAUGAUUUUAGACACUUGAUGCAUCUAAAAUUUUACCACGUCUAGGUAAAUCCAAUAUAAGUAUUAUUAACAAGUUUCAAGUCUCUACGUGUAUUUAUAAUCGAAUUACAGCAAAUUAACUCCCAAAAAUUAAAUUUCCUUAAAAGCUCAAAAGUUUUGAUAAUGAUACUGUAAAAAAAUCAAAGAGGCAACAAAAAAAGAUAUCUUAUGAUUUUUUGAUUAAAUCAUUUUUUCUGGUAGAAAACGUCGUUCGUGUUUUUAUAAAAUAAUAAAAUCGUGAAAUUGUACGUUUUCCUAUGUUUUUUCCCACUUAAGUGCUUUAUUUAAAAAAUGACUUCUCUAAAGUACAAUCUAGACAGAUAACUUGAACUUUCAGAAAAGAGCAAGUUUACUAGGAAAAAACGUGUCCACAGACUAGAACAAAGAAAGAAAGAAAGAAAGAAAUAAACAGCAUUGUAAAACCAAUAGCUCCCUCGCUACGCUCGGAAUUUAAGAUUAUAAAGAAACUAUUUAAGUUGUACGUAGAAUUUAUAAAAAUUCUCAAAAUUCCAGUGACGGGUUAUACUCCUUUGCCAUUGGUUGCGGUACUACUUCUUGGGUCUAAAUAGUAAACUUAUAAAAGUUAGACAGUAUAUCUGGUAGGUAAGAAUAUAUAUAUAUAUAAUAUACGUCUAGUUUGUUUCAUUGCUCAUUGUUCAUUUAAAUAUUUUUUAACCUAACUAAUAUUAACUAAUAUUUACGUUUUAAUAAAGUUACACUUUAAAAAAAAAGAAUACGAUAUAUUAUGCAAAUCAAAUUACUUGAAAAAAUAUUAAUUUUUCGAAUGUGUGUUGAAAAUGGGAGAUUAUUUUCAUUUUAAAAUAAAUGUUAAACUCCUUUUAGAUAUGAGAAUUCGGAGUAAACACUACAAAAUAUAUUGUUGAAACAAACGAAUCUAUAAUUAUUUCAAAAACGGACAGUUUUUCGAAAGAAUAUGGAAAUCAGGAAAAUAGUUGAUGAAUAUCUUUAAUAAUUAUUUUAUAAAUGAUAAUAUGAUCUACUAAUAAUCAGUGUUCGAAUUGGAAAAAUUAUAGAAGAGGGACUAUGGACUAAAAACAAAAAAUAAACGUUUCAUUCGAUUAUUGAACUCCGAAAACUCGUGGGGGAAUUGCGUUCCCUUGUGCACCUCCGAUUCGUGCACUGUUGUAUAGGUUACUAAGAUUUUUUUUUUUUUAAAUUAAGAUCAAUACCCUAUUGAUUCCAAAUUCAAUUCGUACAAAUGAUAAUAUAAUGGCGUGUGACAAUAUUUAUUCGAUGGUUUAACUUUAGCCCUGCAGUUACCGCAAUAUUUAUUAUUGAAAAUCAAAUGAAAUACUGUUAUAUUUUUAAUUUUUUUUUUUUUUUAUCUCGCUAUAUAUAUUUUUAGCGACGAAUGACAAAAUCAUCACGCGGUUGACGUCAUAUUAUUAUAAUUUAUAGUGGGUAGUGUAAAAUCGAACUCGGUGUGUAUAAAUUUCAAUAGGUAUCGCGUAAUAUAUAUAUAUAUAUAUAUAUAUUAGUUCAACUUCAUCGACGCUUUUAGAAGUACCUCUCAAGUAAAAUAACAUCAUUUCUUUCUAUUAUGCGCAAUUUUUAUUUUUACUUAAAAAUAACGUAUAAUUAUAUCUAUCCGCAAUCAGAUUACCUGGAAAACCUCAAAACAAAUACGAGUUUUAUGAAGUGUUUUAUGUACUGCAGACGUCAAGUGCUGCUAUUGAAAUUCAAAAUAAUUAAAAAAUAUGAUAAUAUAUAACCUCCAAGUUACUCGAAAUUUAUAAUAUUUUUAUUUUUUUUUUUAUCAUACAGAUAAACCCAAACUAAAUAUUAAGUGCACAUUCCGUUACAGUACUACCCAACAUAUAGAGUUCAAAGUAUUCAAAAAAAAUAUUAUCGCAUUCAUCGCAUUCUUUGGUCGCUUUCAUGAAUACGAUCAGAGCAAGGCUUUGGAGAAUGGUUGAACAUGUCCUGAUAGCAUAAUAUAAUUAUAGUAAGUAUGAUAAUUGAUAGAAGAGAAGAAGACUGUAAGAUGGGGAAUAACUUAAUAUAAAUUAAAAGAGAUGCAGGGGUCAGAACUUUUAAGGUACUUAAAGAAAACGAGUUUAUAAACAUUUAUCAUGGAUAUAUUGUGAUAAUUGUAAAAUCAUUAAGUUUUAGAUCCUUAGCGAAUCAAGUGUUUUACUAUCAUACGUGUUUGUGUGUGUGUGUGUGGUUUUUUCUGUCUAUUAUCCAACUUUUUCACCAUAUAUUUUUAUUUGAUUAUCAUCAAGUGUACUUUUUAGUAGUUUACUUAGUGUAUUGAAGAAAUCAGUUUCAACACAUUGUUGUACUAUCUAGUGGUAGACAAAAGUUGAGCAUUUUACUGCUUACUGUUAUUUUUUUUAAUGUUUGUUUCAAAUUCUAGUUUGAAUGAAAAUAAUGAAAAUCAUAACAUUUCAAAACAUAUUUCACUGAUUUUCGCCCAGAAUCGUAUUUUCAAUUAGUAAUGAUUAAUUGUUUCGUGCAGAUACGUUUAGGUUCUGAGCAUAGCGAGAAUUGCAUUAGUUUUACUAUGAUUUUUUUCUGUUUGUAAACAAUUUUUAACACCAUACAUAAUAUUGCUUCAAUUAAUUACGACAAGAGAGCUUUUUUGUACUAUUUUUGAUUCUAGUUGGUUCAUUGAUGAUUUAUUUUCCUAGUAGUUUCUUCAUAAUUGUUAAAAACCGGGGAUACUAAUGGAUACAUUUAACACAUUAAAAGUUUUAUUUUUUAAAAUUUUUCUAUCAGAAACCUUGUUCUAAAUUCCAAAAAAAGCAUUAUUCCCGAAAUACAAUUUUUUCUAGUAAGUGUAUCGGAAAUUUGUUAUUUGGGAAAAAAUGUAAAAAAACUGAGAAAGUUAAUUUCAUGAACGGUUUCAUUAUUUUUAUUUUUAUUAAUUUUCAUUUUAUUUUUUUAUAAUACGGUUGAAAAUAAUCACCGAGAAUUUAAAGUACUUAAAGUACCAACUAGAUAAAAGUUCCUUUUAGAAAAGAUUCUACACUUGAAUAUAGGAGUAAGAUUUGUGGUAAAAUUUGUAAAUACAAUAUGAAAAAAAUUUAUAAUUAAAAAAAAAAAAAUUUUUAUUUAUUUUAAAAAUAUGUAUACCUAUUGUCAAUUAAAGAACGAUGGUGAAGUAAGAAAUGAGCGGAGUGACUUAGUUUCUAAUGUGUAACUCGAUAUUGUUAAUUUUACAAUAUUUCUGUCGUAAUCUAUUGUAGUACGCAUCUGUUGUCAUUCCAGGGGUCGCGAGUUCAAACCCAAGUUCCAAAAUUUUUUUUUUUAGAAAACCACGACGGGUAAAUACCAGAAAUAAAAAAUUUAAUCUUGUUUCAAAAAAUAAAAUCGAGUAUUAUUUAGUAUAAAUUUAGUAUUAUUUUUUCCUUAUAAAUUUUAAUGUUGAAUACUGACGGAAAUUGUAAAUAUUACGGCAUUUUAAAACAUGUAUAACCGAAAAUUCUUCGAAUCGUUUUUCGUUAUCAAUAAUUUAUCGUUGGUUUCAGGUAUAAAUUAAACAAAUUUAUUUAUCAGACCUUCCCAACUAUCCACCUAUAACAGUGGCAGCACACGCUCCCAGUAUCAGCUCUUUUGUUUACGUUGUUUUCAUUAUAUCAUUGUAUACACAAAACACAGAUAUGAAAGUUAAACGAUUGUUUAAUGUAUCUAUAUUAACAAUUAGUUUUUAGAAAAAUGUACAAUAUGAGCACGAUACUUGGGAAACUAGGUACAUAUAAACCAUUUUAAUAACAAUUUUCACAAACAUUAAAAAAAAAAAUAUAAUAAAUAAAUAAAAUAAACAUCAUUGUUUGAGCUUCGCUUAGAAUCUAAGAAAAAUAUCUUCGUGGUAAACUGCGUUUCGUUAAAUGUUUCAUAUUAAAUAUUACAAACAUUCUUCAUCUUUUGAAGUACUACCAGGAAAAAUAUAGAGUAUUUCCCCAACAAGAAAAAAUACUUAAAAAAAACUUAUAAUUAUUUGGUAUUUUGCAAAAUAUUUCCGAUGAAGUAUCAUCAGACAGAAAAUCCAAAUUUUCAUGCUAUGAGAAAAUCGGUAUUAAUCGAAAAAGUCUUAUCUGGAGAUUUUUACUCAGAAAAUACAACCUAACAACCUAAAAUACAUUAACAUCCUUUAAAUUCUUCACUUCACUCAGAAUCUAAAAAAUUAAAAUUAAAUUUUUUUUUUUUUUUUAAAUGCAUCCAGUAUAGUAAAGCGUAAUUCGAUAACGACUUUAUCGCCUUCAUUCAACCCAAUUAAACAUAUAUAUAUAUAUUUUUAAUUUUAAUAGGUAAUUGCUCGCAAAGAAAGGGGGUCAACUUAUCCCUAAAUUUGAAAAAAAUUGGACAAUAUUUAUUGGAAAAUUUUUAUUUAUAUUUAAAAUAUAAAAUGUAAACUAAUAGUAAUGUUUUAAGUUUUAUGAUAAAUGCAGCUUAUAAUUAAUCCAGUUCAACAAAAUGCGUUUUUAAAAGAAAUCGGGGUUCUUUUUCCUUGCAUUUCUGUCUGUGGGUGCCCUUGUAUGUGCAUAGAAUUUAUAAUUAUUCAAGAAGAUUAUAAUGUAUAUUUUAUUUAGUUAAGUCUUUGCUUGGAGGUCAUUGAAUCUAGUCUUAAGUAUAUGCACUCUUUAUCUUAAAUCUUGAGUGCAUUCACAUUUUUUUUUUUUUAGUUAUUGUGUAAAUAAACACUGUUCGCAAAGUAAGUUAUUAUUUUGUAUUAGGUGUUAUAAUAGAUAACUCGGCUAUUUUGCUAGGGCAAUUAAGAAAACGCGUUACAUUUUAACGGAAGAUUUUUUUUUUACCAAACGGAUACGGAUAUUAUAUUUCUUUACACCCAAUGUCGGUUCUGGAUAUAUUUUUUUAAGAGCUAAAAUUAACAAAAUAGGAAUCACAAUCCGAAUCAAUUAUUUAUUUAUUUUCUUUACAAUAAUACUACAUCGCAGUAUUUUCAAACUGAAUUAUUUAUCGGUAUUAUCCUAUUACUCAGGAUGUCAUAGGUUGGUUAUGUUUUCAAUGUUGUCAGUAAAGUUGAAAGUUUCCGUAGUUAUUUUCAAAGGAAAUUUUCUUAGAGUAGUACUUUAUGGAGGAAAUUUUUAAAUUUCUUCAGCAGUUUUCUCAUCAAAUAUGAAAUAUAUUAGUAAAAUAUUACGAUUUUUUUUUUUGUGUGAAUAACUUUUCUACCAACAAUUUCGGUCUAAUAUACAAUAGUAGAACUUUUUCUAAAAGGAAAUCUGACUGAAAAGGUACUUUAAUGAGGUCAUUUUUUGAUUUUCUUAAGUGUUUUCCCAGCAAGUGUGAAAACGUAAGAAAACGGGAAAAUCAUUACAAUAUUAAACAAAUAUUUUAAUUUAAAAAAAAUAUAUAAUGCCUUUUUAAUUAUUUUACCGUAAUAUGACAUAUAUAUUGUUGAAAAUAACGAUCCUGAACUUCGCUCAGGGUCAUUAUUUCGUUAGCAAUGGUUUAUCGUUGCUUACGAGAUAUACAUUAAAUUCCCUUCUAUAUCCUACUUCCCCAACUUUACACCUACAACAGUGGCUGCACCCGUUGCUAUUAUCCAAGGAUAGUUUUUUUUCUUUACUUUAUAAUGUUUUCUUUUGAUAACAAUAUUAAUUGUUAUUCUUGUAUGCGAGAGAUUAUCUCUCCUUUUGUUGUUGGUUAUUCUAGGAACGCUUCCGUGACGAUAGUAUAUCUUCUUGGUUUUUUUCUUUAGGAGUUUCAUUUUUAAUAACCGCGUUAAAAAAAUCAUUUUUAAAUCAGUAGAAUAUAUUAUUAUUAUUGUAAUUAUUUUUUUUUUUUGAACAAUGUAAAUUUACAAUUGUUAUUGUUUUUUUUUUUUUUCUUUCAAAACUUUUUUAAUCGUCCCGUUUAUUUUAUUGUGUUUUUGGACAUGUUACAGAUUCCCGAGAUUUAUACGAACACAGUACGGUGGCGUAUAAGAUGGCAGAGAUGGAAAUGCGCGUGGAUCAACUCACUAGAUUGUACGAGCUAAAAGACAACGAUGUACAGGACCUGAUCAAACGUUUCAGUUCGGUAUUGAAGUCAAUCGUGAAAUCGUUAAAUGUUUCCGUUACCGAUGAAAUCGAAUCGUUGAUAGCCACGUACAACAAGUCUAUUGAAACGAUCAGGUCGCCGAUGGCCAAUUUCGACGUUUUCACGUUCUUGCCUCAUCUUCGAUCCCAUAAGAACUAUUUAAGGCCGUUGAUACUUCAUUCCGGAAACAGAAAUGCAGGUUGUUCACGUUAAUACUUUAGUUCUUUACUAGAAGAAUAUGCUGAAUUCAUUGGCCAAUUUAAAAUAGUGUAUUGAACUAGCACAUUAUUAUUAUAAUACCUAUUAAUAAAAUUUCUUUGUUUUAGCCACUUCUAUUCGCUAGCUUAACGUGUUUAUAUUGGACUUUUAAUCGAAAAUAAGUUCCGAUUUAUUAUACAAAACCAUGUCUAGUAUAAGCAACAGAGGGAGAAAAAAUAAAAACCGCGAAAUAAUUUGUUCCAUAAUAUUUUCGGGAACGAACUUAACCCAAUGAAAUUCACAAACACCGUGUUAACCCACUAGUAUACCAUCAAUGCUUUAUUCGGUCAUAAGAAACCUAUUUAAAAUUGUAAUUGUACAAUUAUUUUUUUUACCUAAUUUCAUAAGCCAAUUUUACUAACGUAUUCGAAUAUGGCGCUAGAGCUCUAAGCCGGUUAGAGCCGGUAAUACGCCCGAGGAACAAGUACGGAAGUAAAAUAAAAUAAAUUUUAAACAUUGUGGCCAAUAUAGGUAAAUUGCAGAAACGACAUUAUAGCAUAAUAUAUCAGAGAUUCUCAAAAUGUGAUCCACCCAUCCCCAGGGAGGCAUGAGCACUUAAUAGGCGAGGCACGAAAUGAAUAUUAUACACAUUUAUCUUACGACUAUUCGAUUUUUAACAUUUCGGAAUUACAUAAAAUAUGAAUACCCCGAAAUUAUCAACAAAGCUUUACGUAUAUUAAUAGUAAUUUAAUACCAUUGGCGACUUCGUGAUUGUGUGAAACAGAAUUUUUAGCAGUAUUCGUCAUCGGUUAAUAUGCGUUAAACAUUUUUUUAAAAAAAUCGGUUUUGGUUGAUACGUUUCUUUAAUUCUAAGCCGACGAAGUGAACUUUCACUCAUUCAUAUAUAACACAUCAAACAAUAUUAAUACACUUACAGUUAUUUAUAUUAUUGUUUAGUGUCUAUAGUAUUUGGAGUUCCCACUGUUCGGCGCCAACAAACCUAUUUAAUUCAAACGUUAAUCAAUCUUGUAAGCAACAUGAAUCAAACGGAGCAGAAAGACUCGUUGAUAGUAGUGAUGAUUGGCGAGGUAAUAUACCUAUAUACUUUACAUUAAUUAUUAUCUAUGAUAGGGUAAUCGUAAAUAAGUUAAUAAGUUAUUUUGUAUUGGGUUAUGUAUUAAAUUUUGAAGACCGACCAAGAAUAUAUAAAACAAGUCACCGAAGAAAUAAAAAGCCGGUAAGUCAAUAUGUUAUUAUAAUCAUACGUGAUCAUAAUAUAUUAUGUACAAAGCACAUACAAGUAAUUGAAUAUUGCCGAUUUCAGACUACCGGAAGCCGCGAACUCAGGUCUCUUGGACAUAAUUGCGCCAUCUCCGGAAUACUAUCCGGAUUUCAGCAAGUUGCGUCUCACAUUAGGUGACUCCGAAGAUCGGGUUCGCUGGAGGAGCAAACAAAAUUUGGAUUUUGUGUUUUUAAUGAUGUACUGCCAACCGAAGGGUUCGUUUUACGUUCAGCUCGAAGAUGAUGUGGUCGCGAAACCUCAGUUCCACAGUAUUAUGAAAAAAACCGCUUUACAGAAGAUAGCCAAUGGACAGCAGUGGUUUAUAUUGGACUUUUGCCGUCUCGGAUUUAUCGGUAAGCAUCUAAAUUAAAUAAAUUAUAUCUGUUUUGAAAAAUAUAAUUUCGAGGAGAUAAGCAACGAUAUUUCCCCAUAUUUUUUAUCUGUAUAUAAAUAUAGGAAAAAUGAUGAGAUGUUCAGAUUUACCAUGGCUAAUCCAGUUUAUCGUGAUGUUCUACAACGACAAACCGGGCGAUUGGCUUCUAGACGGAAUGAUCGGCACAAAGGCUUGUAAUCUUGAAAAAGAUGAUGUGAGUAUAAUAAAAACGUUAUUCGAAAACUAUAGCCUUUUUUUAGUGAACUUGUAUAACUAUUUUAGUACGUAUAUUAUAUAGCAUGGUAUUUUUCUUGUUUAAAUCAAUCGUAAAAUACCGAUUUGUUUCAUAGUAUAAAAUUGUGACACAAGUCCCGAUGAUAACUGAAUCAAUAUCUUACCCUUAAUAUCAGCUUAUUCUAUCAAAUGUAAUUUUUAGAGAGAUUGUCGAAAACGUAAAAACGAAAUAUGGGUGAUGUACAGUCCAUCGCUUUUUCAACAUAUCGGUACCCGAUCGUCUUUGAACGGUAAAAUUCAACUACUAAAAGUAAGCGUAUUAUUAUUUUGUGUUGCGCGCAUAAGCGCAAAUAUCCAAAAUAUUUUGUGGAAGCUUAACAUCCCAUAAUAUUGAUUAUGUAUACUUAGUAUUUACUUUAUAAGGAUCUGAUCUAAGAGGGUUUGGCUGAUUUUUAGAAGGGGUUUCACCUCCAAGCACUCCUAUUUGCGCCUAUGAUUGCAAGUAUUGUAAAAUAUUACAUUCGUUUUUUAUUGAUUUUGUUUUUUCUUUCGUUUUUACAGGAUAGCCUUUUCAAAAAAAAAAUAAACGUAAAACGUAUAAAUAAAAUCAGAAGCAAAUGACCUAUAGUCAGGUACAGGUUACCUAUAGCGAAAAUAUAAAUGGUCUCAUGAAAAUACUUACCUCUACAAAGAUAUUAAUUAUUAAUUAAUCGUCUGUGAUCAUUUUUGAGUGAAAUAAUAAUAAUAUUAUUAUUUAAUAUUUAAAUUAAAUUUAUUAUUACUUGUUUAGAGUUAACAAUAUGUCUUUCUAUAAUAAUAUUAAAUAAUAGCCAAAAUACUGAUAUAAUAAGCAGACAAUAUAGUAUAAUAAUAAUUAUUAUUAUGAUUAUUGUAAUGUUUGCCCGUAGAAAAGAUAAUAUUACAAUUAAAUUGUUUGAUAUUUCCGGUUAGUGGUCUAUUCACAUCCGUAAGUAAAAAAAAAAUAUUUAAAAAACACUAGUUUAAAAUUAAAAUGUUUUUUUUUUUUUUUUUUUUUUGUUUCAAUAUAACAAAUAUUAUAAUAUUAUUAAAUUUUAUUGUAAGAGUCAGUGGUUCUCAACCAGGGUGACAUAAAAUCCUCAGGAAAUGAAAUGAAAAUAUUUUGUAUAGUAUCUUAGUAUUUUUAGUAUCUAUGUACUAUUUAUAUAUUUUUUUUUUGAAUAUAAUCAUCAUUUUUUUUUUUAAAUCUACAGUUUAAAAUGGUUAAAAUCUAGUAUUUUAUUUCAUUAUGCAUAUUUUGAUGAAAGAACGAGCAGUGUUAGAUUGUCAUGGAAGAGUCAAAUAAAUAAAAAAAAAUAGGUUGAGAGCCAUUGGUAUGUGUAAUACACAAAAAAACAAUUUUAGGUAAUUUAAUUUAUAAAAUAAAUUCAGGGUUAAAUUUUAAGAACUUUAUUUUAGUAUCUAUAACCUAUAUCUUACCAAUGGUGGUAACGCGAAAGGGGAUGAGAGGUAUGUAUUCUCCAACCACGACAUUUUUCCCUUCAAUAUUUAUAAUAACACAUAAUAUUAUAUUACCUGUUUGUAUAUUUAUAAAAAAAAAAAAAAACUUUUUAUAUAAAUACAAUAUUAAAUUAAUAUUGUAUUAAUAUUGUAUAUUGAUAAUUGUUAAAAAAUGUUGAAAAUUCCACCUCAUCCCCACUGCACUCGUCCGUGAAAAAAUCAUAUGACCACCACUUUACCAUACUGUAAAAAUGAAUAUUUAAAAAUAAUCACUUAAACUAUAGUUUAUUAUAUAUGUAUAAAAUGUACACUUAAAGAAAUAAUACAUAAAAUAUUAUUACGUUUGAUAUACUAUUGCAGCGUAUCAAUACUCUUUAAUAAAGUGUACAACUAAAUUGUUAUUUUGGAAAAUAUAUUGAUGUGUAUGCCAUAUUAUAUUAUUUAUAUUAUAUUAUAAAACGCUACUUGUUAAAUUUAUA